CACUCAAAUUAGUCAAAUUGCUCUAAAUUUUUUUCUCCAUUUGUUAAUCAAAAAUCAUCUCUUAAAUUCCAAAAAAACUCUUGAAACUAAUCCCCUUAAUACGGCAAGAAAUUCUACCAAAAACAAUUCUACCCCCAUAAAAAAAAAUUUAACUCAAGAGUUUCUGAAUCCAACAAAGAAUAGUUUACCCUACAAAAUUCGGAAAAAGAACUUGGGGCACAAGGAUUGAAUGAAUAAAAAAAUGGAAUAGUAGCGUCAUUGGAAGUUGAGUCUUGUUUGUUACUUAGUGAAUAAAAACUUGUUUUCUCUCUCUUCUUUUUUCUCUAUUUCUCUCUCCUCUACUGCUGACUGCGAAUUAGCCGUACCAACACUUCAAUGGCGGACACUGGCAACCACAGAAAGAGAAGAAGAUUUCAGUGCAAGAAAAAUCUUUAUGUGGGUGAUAAAGUUGAGGUUAGGAGCAUAGAGGACGGAUUUCAAGGGUCUUGGCAUGCUGGAGAAGUCGUUGGUCGUGAGAAAGGAUGUCGAUUAGUGAAAUAUGAGAACCUUCUUGCUGAAAAUGGGCGUGACCCUCUAAUUGAAGCUGUGGAAGUUUCUGGAUCAACUGACAGAUUGUUAACCGCUUCAAGAAAAAGCAACCGAGGCUGGAUAAGACCAAUUUUAAAAUCUGAAAAAUUGGUAAAAGAGCAUCUCCAUUAUGGACUUUGUGUUGAUUGUUACUACAAAGAUGCAUGGUGGGAGGGUGUGGUAUUUGACCAUGAAGAUGGUUCCAACAAAAGAAAGAUUUUCUUUCCCGAUAUAGGUGAUGAAAUGUUUAAUGAUGUUGAGGACUUGCGAUUAACAUAUGACUGGGACGAGGUGACAGGAGAGUGGAAAGCUCGAGGGAGCUGGUUAUUUCUGCAGAUAUUUGAGGAUUUUGAGAGGGAUAAAUUUAUCCCUGUUUCCCUGAAACAAAUAUGGUAUGACAUGAGAGUAAGAAAAGAAUAUGGUGAUAUUGGGGAGUGGCCUUUUCCUGUCAAGGAUUUGUGGUACAACUUGAUAUCGCAGGUCAUUGAUGAUAAUGUGAGGCUAACUGCGGAUGCAUUUCUGAAAGGGUGUCUUUCUUCCGGAGCCAUGUCAGAGAGCCUCCUUCAAGAUGUUGCUUCAAUGAGAGAGAAUGAAGCUUCUAUUACAGUGGUUGAUGAAUUGUUGGAAAAUUCUGCACUAGAAAUGGAUGUGCAGAAAUUAGGCCCUAUUGAUAAUCAAUUGGUGCCUGUACAACCUAAGGCUCUGUCAGUUAUAUUUUCUGACCAGAAAGAGUUUGAUUCUAACACAAGGACUGCUAAAUCUGAUGGGACAAAGCAGCUACGAAGAAGUAAGCGGAAUUUGGACUCUGAUAAUAGUGAAUUGAACAUCGAAGCUGAGCGCUGCCCUCAGUCUAUUUAUGAUUAUGUGCAGAAAGACAGGCCUGAACAUGCUGUGACAAACAGUCUCAGGCGUCAUUUGCGCUAUCUGGGAUAUAAGAUCGAGUACUGUAAUAACAUAAACUGUGUACGUUAUAUCUCUCCCGAUAAUAAAAGGUACUAUAAUCUUCGCACCUGUGCGAAAUACGAAAAAAAACUGGCUGAGAUCUCCUGCCUGGAAGCAGAAGAUGUCCAGAGUGGAAAGAUUUCAUCUCCUGUUGAUUUGGAAUAUACUUCACAGCUUAAGGUAUCAAAAACCAGUGAAGUGUCCGAUGAUUCCGGUCAAAAAAAGAGAAAAGUGUUGAACCUGAAUAUUGAACCUAAAUAUUGCCCACAAGCUGUAAUCGAUUAUGUGAAGAAAAAGCGGAGAAAUGGUUGUACUGAGUCGCAAGAUAAUGUUAGGGGGCACUUGUCAGCUAUGGGCUGGGGAUUUUGGCCUAAAAUAAAGCAAGGAAGGGAGGAGUGGCGCUAUGAUUCCCCUACCACUAGUAAGACAUAUUAUUCAUUAUUAUCAGCUUGUAGGGCUAUGGUAGGAGAUGUGGAGAUGCUUACCUCGAGUGCAAUUGAGGAUGCAUAUAACAAAGAUCCCAAGAUCUCAGGUGGUGAAGUUUCAUUAUCUGAUAAAGAGAUUCGGCAACCCUUUCCUCAAAAAUGGUCCAAAAGAUUGCCUCGGGCUCUUAGGAAGUAUAAGCCAGGGAAGCUCCAGAGAGGGAAGCAAAAUGGCUUUGUACAUUCAACGCCUGCUCUACUUAAAAGUGGAGAACAGGAGCAGAAAAUUGAAGAUGAUGGGUUCGCAAAGCGGCGUUCUAUCAAAAGAUUGAGCACAAGCUUCUUAUCAAAGAAAAGGAAAGCAUUAGGUAAAGUAGGGAACAGCUCAGAUAGCAGUAACUUCUCUCGAGUGCUGCGGUCAAGCAAAAGAGUACAGCAGGCAGGGCCUUCUAGCCAGGCCCCUCGGACAGUUCUUUCAUGGCUGAUGGACAUUGGCGUGGUGCUAGGAAGGGAAAAGGUCCACUACUAUAGACAAGGGGAUGAACGUCCUACAGCUGAAGGACGAAUUACUGGUUAUGGAAUAAACUGCAGUUGUUGCCAAAAGGUUUAUACCCUUGGUGGCUUUGAAGCUCAUGCUGGUAGCAACUCUCACAGACCAGCUGCAAAUAUAUUCUUUUCCAGUGAUGGGAAAUCUUUGGCUGAACGUCAAUUGGAAAUGAUGCGUCAGAAAGUCAAAAGCUUCUGUAGAGAACCGCUGGAAAGGACAAGGGGAAAACGACAUAAAAAUUGGAAUGACCAUAUAUGUUCAGUUUGUCAUUAUGGAGGUGAACUUCUUUUAUGUGAUCGAUGUCCAUCAUCUUUCCAUGCGAGAUGCCUCGGUUUGCAGGAUAUUCCUGAAGGUGAUUGGUUCUGUCCAUCUUGCUGUUGUGGAGUUUGUGGUGAAAGCUAUGUUGAUAUGAAUACAGAAUGUUCUACUACACAAAGUGUUCUAUCUUGUCAUCAAUGUGAACGGCAAUAUCAUGCUCGCUGUAUAAGAGAGAGAGAUAUGGUAAAGCUGGACGUUAAUCCUACAGAAAAUUGGUUUUGCUGUAAAAUGUGCGAAAAGGUGCAUUGGGGCCUCCAGCAGCUUCUCGGCAAACCCAUUCUUGUUGGCCAUAAUAAUUUAACUUGGACAUUGAUAAAACCCAUGGACUACCUGGCCAAUGAGAAUGAUGAUUGUGAUGUUGUGGCCAUAACCGAAAAUUACAGCAAGCUUAAUGUUGCUCUUGAAGUGAUGCAUGAAUGUUUUGAGCCUGUAAAAGAACCUCGAACCAAGCGAGAUCUUGUUGAAGAUGUUAUCUUCUGCAGGGGGUCUCACCUGAAUAGACUGAACUUUAAAGGAUUCUAUACAGUGCUUUUGGAAAGAAAUGAUGAGCUAAUUACUGUGGCCAUUUUAAGGGUGUAUGGCGACAAGGUGGCAGAGAUUCCACUUAUUGGUACACGCUUUAAGCAUCGGCGGCUAGGAAUGUGUCGCAUUGUCAUGCAAGAGAUUGAGAAGAACCUGAUCGAACUAGGAGUGAAGAAGCUGGUUCUUCCUGCUGCAGCAACUGUAUUGAACACUUGGACUAUGGCUUUUGGAUAUACUCCAGUUACACAGUCUGAGAGAUCUGAAUUUCUCAGCUAUAGCUUCUUAGAUUUUCAAGAUACUGUUAUGUGCCAAAAGGUUUUGAGGAGGCUUCCUUUACCUCUACCACACUUGUUAAGAGAUACGUCUGGUAUCCAUCGCGAAGUUCAUCGUGAUUUAGAAGGGAAAAGUGUUGUUGCUGAUCCCGAAGGGAACAGUGCCAUAUCUGAAGUUUCCCAAGAAGACCGACUUGAAGGGAGUGAAAUAGUGGACCAAGGAACAAUAAUAAAUGGCACAGAAGAGAAAGCAAACAGUGGUGACAAUGGACAAGAUGCCCCUACUGCUAUGGUGACUGAUCCAAUGAAUCGAGAAUGUGAACCGUGCAACUCCUUGGAGUUUAAGGAGCAAAAGAUCGAACGUGAUAAAUGUGAUGGAAAUUUGAAGUUUUACACAAGAAAGAAGGCUGCAGAGCUAAGACCUCCAGUUCCUCAAGCUAACUACCCUAAAGUAGAAGUAAGAUGUAGAUAAUUUGAGCUUAUGGUAACUGUUAUAUCCCUAGAUGCUUGUGCUUAUACAGGAUCCAGUCCAACGCGUGAGGCAUGAUCCAUCCAGAGUCGAUAUUGGUAAUGCCCGGGUUUUUGCCACUUCUGUAAAUUCUCUCUAUGCAUAAGGAUGGUUUUUGGUGAAGCAGAGCUGUAGGGUUUGUUAGGGAUUCCCUUUUUUGAAUCCUACUUUCCUGUAUAGCUUUAGUUUCGGUUUCUGGCAUAAAUCCUUGAGAGCUUGUUUUGGGUUAAUUUCUUUGUAAUUGCUCUCAAUGGAAAGUAGUACUAAAUGUAAUUGGAAAGCUAUCUAUAUUUAUUGGUAUUCAUCACCACUUCUUGUUUGCU